CAGCUUCAUGCCAUUGGGCUGCGUUGAAAAUGUUGAGUUCCUCUUCACAUGCAGAUAAGUUUGUAAAGCUGGCUACGUCCCUAGAUGAACAACAUCCUCCAGAAAAUGUGUUAGAUAGCGAUGACAAGUCGUUUUGGAUAACUACUGGGAUGUUUCCACAAAUGCUUGUGCUCUCGCUGACUGAAAAUACCAAGGUUGGAAAUGUGACUGUCAUAUCAAGUUGCAUCAAAAACAUGUGGGUUGAAGUCAGCUCAAAUCCGGAUCCAGAAGAGUUCGACCUCAAAUCAGAACUGACCAUACCUUAUACGGAUGGCCACCUGCAAAUCACAGAAGUUCGGGUGAAUGAGCAGAACAUGCGCCAUUUGAGACUAACCAUUCGCUCCGGUUACGAUCAUUUUGUUGCCGUGUAUAAAGUUUUGAUUGAUAGGAAAUAAAGACAAAGUCG